UUAGGAGAAGUUUUCUAUGCAAACCAUGAUUCAUCCAGUACACAGUGGACUCAUCCCAGAACAGGGCGAAGGAAGGUUGUCUCCGACAAGCUACCGUUUGGCUGGGAGAGACAAAUAGGAGAGGACAAUAAGGUGAUAUAUAUUGAUCAUCAUAACCAGCGAACAACAUUUACUGAUCCUCGGCUUGCCUUUGCUGUAGAGAAGAAUCCGGAAAAGGAUAAAUUUAGACAAAGAUUUGAUGGAUCCAGCCGAGCUCUGCAGGUUCUUCACGGUCAAGAUCUGACCGGCAGGGUGGCUGUUGUAACAGGGGCCAACUCAGGAAUAGGAUUUCAGACAGCUAGAGCUCUAGCUCUUCAUGGUUGCAAGGUGGUAUUUGCCUGCAGAAAUGAGGGGAAAGCUGUAAGCGCAAUACAGAAAAUAACUGAUGAGCGCGCAGGAGCAGACUGCGCAUUUAUUCAUCUUGAUCUGGCAAGUUUUGCCUCCGUGGCUCAGUUCUCAAAGAAGUUGGCAAUUCAGCACUCGGCUUUGGAUUAUUUAGUUUUAAAUGCUGGUAUUUUUGGUUUGCCCUAUACUCUUACUGAGGAUGGACUAGAAUCUAUGAUGCAGGUGAAUUAUGUAUCCAACUUCUAUCUACUAAAACAACUUGAAAAACUACUUGUAUCUGCUCCAAACCCAAGAAUAGUUCUGCUUUCGGCCGAAAGUCAUAGAUUUGCCCCGGUAGAUGAAACAAAUUUGACUGAAAUGAUGUUCACCCCUCGCCCUUCCACCUUCAGUUCUAUUCAACAGUACAAUACAUCAAAACUGUUCUGUGCUCUGUUUGCCCAGGCAGUACACCACAAAUAUAAACAUCUAGGGAUCAAGUGUUUAGCUGUACACCCAGGGAACCUAGUUAACACCAACCUAUCUUGUAACUGGUGGUUCUACAGAAUACUUUUCAAUCUAGUUACACCAUUCACUAAAUCUAUUCAACAGGCAGCUGGCAGUGUUAUAUUUGCUCUAUGUUCUCCUGAUAUCCAGGAUAUUGAAGGAUUUACUUAUAUUAACAACUGUUUUCCUACAAGGCCGAGCAGUAUAGUAGAGAAUGGAAAGGUCUUCCAGCUUCUAUGGAAUAUAACAAACCAGUUUUUAGAAUCCAAACAAUUGUAAACAAAUAAGCUGCAUUACACUUAGCUUCCAGCUUCUAUGGAAUAUAACAAACCAGUUCUUAGAAUCCAAACAAUUGUAAACAAACAAGCUGCAGUACACUUAGCUUCCAGCUUCUUUGGAAUAUAACAAACCAGUUUUUAGAAUCCAAACAAUUGUAAACAAAUAAGCUGUAGUACACUUAGCUUCCAGCUUCUAUGGAAUAUUACAAACCAGUUCUUAGAAUCCAAACAAUUGUAAACAAACAAGCUGCAGUACACUUAGCUUCCAGCUUCUAUGGAAUAUUUCAAACCAGUUCCUAGAAUCCUAACAAUUGUAAACAAAUAAGCAGCAGUACAUUUAGCUUCCAGCUUCUAUGGAAUAUAACAAACCAGUUCCUAGAAUCCAAACAAUUGUAAAGAAAUAAGCUGCAGUACAUUUAGCUUCCAGCUUCUAUGGAAUAUAACAAACCAGUUCUUAGAAUCCAAACAAUUGUAAACAAAAAAGCUGCAGUACACUUAGCUUCCAAGAUAGGUAUACUUAUUAAAGGCUGAGUAUAUUUAUUUGUUAGAUUAAAUUGAUCAUAUAAUGUGAAUGAUAUUUUACUGUUAGUUGUAUUAAUAAUUAAGCAUGUGAUAAUGAGCUUAAUAAUAAUUAACAAUAUUUUACUGGAAUGUACUGUACUGUACUGUACUUCUUUACUGUACUGUAAUGUUCUGUGCUGUUCUUUACUGUACUGUUCUUGUAUGAGAUUUAUUGUAUUGUACAAUACUCUACGAGCAAUGUACUUCAUUGUAUUGUACAUCACUAAUCUGUUCUGUACUGUUCUUAACUGUUCUUGUUCUUUUCUGUACUGUACUGUCCCUAGCUUUUACUGUACUAUACUGAGUUGUAUACGAGCAAUUUACUGUACGGUAUAUUGUACUGUACCGUUGUUGCUUGUAAACUAGCUAUCAUCACUCAAACAGAUUAAUAAUUCAUAUUUUAAAUAUGUUGUUUUCUUUUUGAUUUAGUUGUAUUAAUAUUUAAGCAUGUAAUAAUGAGCUUAUUAAAGAUUAAUAAUUUGAUUAAUAAUGAUUUAAUUUUGAUCUCUGCUGUGAUUCCUAAAUCUUGCCAUUUAUAUAAUUUUGUGAUUUUCAAGAUGCAACUUUUAUUUAUUGUGAUUACAUAUGGAUUGCUAGUUUUUUAAAGAUUGUGUUUCUGAUAAUUUCGUGUUUUGUUUAGUAUUUAAACAUUAUGUACAAUGUACGGCGUACCCUCUUCAUUGUACACACAGUACAGCACUCUGUAUUGUACUGUACUGUCAAAUGUCAGCUAGCAAAAUAAUUUUAUUAAUAUUUCUGUUUCAGA